UGGGGUCAGUCAAAAAAUUUCUAACCGAGCUUUGGCUCACACUCAAAUUUAACUGUGAUAUUUGUUAGUAUUUUAAGCCAAAUCAAGCAGAGACAUGUCAAGUUGUUCAAACGUGGAGAAUUUAUCACCGCAAGUCAUCAGACAGGUAGCCAGAGAGCUUGGAGAACUUUGUAGUGAUCCACCUGAAGGCAUAAAAGUAUUUACUAGUGAUGAAGAUAUUACAGACAUCCGGGCACAGAUUGAGGGGCCAGCUGGAACUCCAUAUGCAGGUGGACUGUUUAGAAUGAAACUUGUGCUUGGAAAAAACUUUCCAAAUGAACCACCUAAAGGUUUCUUUGUUACACGGAUAUUUCAUCCAAAUGUUGCCAGCAAUGGAGAGAUUUGUGUAAACACUUUAAAGAAAGACUGGAAGCCAGAGCUUGGAAUCAAACAUAUACUUCUUACCGUUAAAUGCCUUUUGAUAGUCCCUAACCCAGAAUCUGCUUUGAAUGAGGAAGCGGGAAAACUUUUACUGGAGCAAUAUGAAGAUUAUUCAAUGAGAGCUAAAUUAUAUACAGACAUACAUGCAAAACCUCCAAAAGCUUCAACAGAUUCAGGUUUAACCUCACCAUUGAAAGGUAACUUAGAAGGACCAAUGGCGAAAAAACAUGCCGGUGACAAAAAACUUAUGGACAAAAAGAAAAAAGAGAAAAAGAAAGUGCUGAAGAGAUUAUGACACCCAUUAUAGAAGAUUUUAUGUUUAUUUUCCAUGUUAUUUAUACAUUUUGAUAUGUCAGCCAGACAUGUCUCCUCAUUGGCAUUUUAUGAGGAUGAACAAUGCAUUUUAUACAGGGACAGUAUCCAUUUGACACUCAUUGUGACAGUAGAAGACACCAGCCGUGGCUAGUCCAGGGCCUACGUUCUAACAACCUGGUUACAGUGAUCAGACAGUCAUUCUUAACAUUGAUAUCAUUUUAUGAAUUUUCAUUUUAUCUAGUGGAAUCAACCUACCUACUCUUCACUAGUAUGACAGCAAGUUCAAUAGAAUGUUUGAUGUGCACAAUUUCCUUUUUUGUUUUUUUUUUUUGUACAUAUAGAAAUCUAAUGAUGGAGAUUCGUCUUAAAAUCAAUCAUGUGUAUCAUAAAAUCUUUAAUAUAUAUUGUGACAUGAAUGUACAAUAAAUGCAAUUUUUACAAAAGAAACCUGGUAUCUGAAUGUGGUAAAUUUGGACUUACUAUUAUUGUUAGAUGGUGCAGUUAUAAUGCA